AAAAGGGUUCGUAUCUUCGCAUAUAAUAAUCGAACUGGCCUGAACGAAACUUUGACGAGAGAAAAAGGUUAUUGGCUAACCGAUUUGCAAAUCGCAGCUUUCUCAGUGUCUGCAAGAUCAAAAAAGGAAUCAAGAUACUGUGAUCAAGCAAAUAAUGUUGCUGGUGAAGACUUCCUUCUCUUGACAAAAGAAGCGCUCAGAGAUAUUGGACUAUCUCUUGGCAGUGCUCAGGUCUUGGUCGGUUCUCGUCCGCCACCCAAUGAUUCGUUGUGGGCUCGCAUUCAGGAGCAAGGGUUUGAGGACCCCGGUAUACUAGUUCUGAUUGCUGGUGAUAGAGGCUAUAAACCUAUAAUAAAGCGAGCUCUGAAACACAAUUGGACGGUUGAGACAUGGUUUUGGCAUUUAGAUGAUAGCUAUCGAUCCUUCUCAUAUGGGUUAGGACCUGACCCCACUGGAGAGAACCAAGUUCUUGAGAUUACUAAUGGCGAUAUAAUUCAAAAUUUGGAGGAUGAAGAUAUAAUGAAAUGGUUAAUACUUUAA